GACUAAAUUGGAAACACACUGCUUCACGAACACGACUUGCGACGAUCGGGAAAAGGUAGGGCAAGGCGGGGCGAUGCAGUGCAGGGGCCGCAGACGGGGAGGCGGCGGAGGGCUACUUGAAGGAUUCGGCACUGAUUCUCCGGCCCGCCCUCCUCCUUCCCUUCCCUGUCCAUCUCGAAUCGCAAUCGCCAUCGACUUCCGGCUUUAGGACUCGUGUUUCCGGAUUCCGGGAGGGAGCGCUGGGAGUGGCGGCGGUAGUAGUGGGAGCAGCAGCAGCAGCAGCAGCCUGUGGAGUAGAGCGACUGAUCCUCCAUCCUUCUAUCCGGCUACCCUCUCAGGAGCACGGUAGGCGAGCAGCUUCCCAUCCCCUCUUUUCCCGGCGGAAAUCGGAUUUUCUCAGCGGCGCUUGGACUGUUAAGAGAGAAGCGAGCAAGACAUGUCUUUCCGUCGUGUGGUGAGGCAGAGCAAGUUCCGCCAUGUGUUUGGACAAGCUGUGAAGGCAGACCAGUGUUACGAUGACAUCCGAGUAUCCCGGGUCACAUGGGAUAGCUCCUUCUGUGCCGUCAAUCCCAAGUUUGUAGCUGUGAUUGUUGAGGCCAGUGGAGGAGGUGCUUUCAUGGUGUUGCCCCUCAGCAAGACUGGCCGCAUUGAUAAAUCCUACCCAACCGUGUGUGGUCACACAGGUCCUGUGCUGGAUAUUGACUGGUGCCCCCAUAAUGAUGAAGUCAUUGCUAGUGGAUCUGAAGACUGCACUGUGAAGGUGUGGCAAAUCCCAGAGAAUGGCCUUGUUGCCCCUCUGGUAGAACCUGUGGUAUCCCUAGAGGGCCACUCCAAGCGUGUUGGCAUAGUCACAUGGCAUCCAACUGCCCGCAAUGUCCUACUAAGUGCAGGCUGUGACAAUGUCGUUGUGAUAUGGAAUGUGGGAAGUGGAGAAGAACUGUUCCGCUUAGAGGAUCAACACCCAGACAUGAUCUACAGUGCCAGCUGGAACCGCGAUGGUAGUCUUUUCUGCACAGCCUGUAAAGAUAAAAGUGUACGCAUCCUGGAUCCGCGUCGUGGCACAGUUAUUAAGGAAAAAGAAAAAGCUCAUGAGGGGGCAAGACCCAUGAGAGCCAUCUUCUUGUCAGAUGGAAAGGUCUUUACUACCGGUUUCAGUCGCAUGAGUGAACGCCAGCUUGCACUUUGGGAUCCAAAUAACCUGGAUGAGCCAAUAGCUAUUCAAGAAAUGGACAGCAGUAAUGGAGUCCUCCUUCCAUUCUACGAUCCUGACACCAAUGUUGUUUAUCUGUGCGGAAAGGGAGAUUCCAGUAUUCGUUAUUUUGAGAUCACUGAUGAAGCGCCCUAUGUUCACUUCCUAAACACCUACAUCAGUAAAGACCCUCAGCGGGGCAUGGGAUUCAUGAGCAAAAGAGGGCUGGAUGUGAACAAAUGUGAAAUAGCCAGGUUUUACAAACUACAUGAACGAAAAUGUGAGCCAAUCAUAAUGACGGUGCCAAGGAAGUCUGAUCUUUUCCAAGAUGAUUUGUAUCCAGAUACCGCUGGCCCUGAACCUCCUAUGGAGGCAGAAGACUGGGUAGCUGGCCGUGAUGCAAUGCCUCUGCUCAUCUCCUUGAAAGAUGGCUAUGUUCCCAGCAAGCAGCGGGAUUUGACAGUUACUCGCAAGAAUGUCCUGAGCAAGGCAACAGCUUCAUCGGCAUCUGCAGCCAGCGGUGGUGCGGCAAAGAGCUCCGGUAGCACCCAUCUAUCUGCAGCAGCUUCUCACCCCGCAGGGGUACCUACAGUACACCAUCCGGAUGACAAAAAGGUGGAGGAGCUGAUUGAAGAAGUUCGUGCUCUGAAGCUUGUCGUGCAGGCUCAGGGAAAGAGAAUUGCCAAACUGGAGGAGCAGCUGGCACGCAUUGAAGAUGGCGAUGUCUAGAGUGGGCGGGGAAGGGGGAGGGGAAAUGAGCAAAAGAGGGAGUGGCCCUAGAGUCGGGGCUGUUUUUGAGAAGUCCAACCCAUUUUUUUGCGCCUCUUGUCAUCUCUUGACAACUGCCUUGUGGUGAACUUUGAGUCCCUUUAAGCAUUUCCUUUCCGAGGGCUAACCCUUGUAAAUCAGAGAAUCGUAAAUCCCAACUUGAUUCAACUUUGUUGCCUUUUUUCUCUCUCUCUUUCUUUCUCUCUCUCUCUCUCUCUCUUUCAUUUCUCUCAAUGACAUAACCUUUAGCGUUUUGCCAGUCAGUCAGUCAAUUCAGUUAACGGUACAAUGGUGUGCAAGCGAAAACCUCCUUUUCAGUGUAAAAAAAAAGUGAAUGCCACACUUAUGGUGGAUUUUUGAUGACCAAAAGGACAGACCCAUCCUAGCAGCGGCUGUGCAGAAACAAAAUUCCAGUACUAACAAAAACUGCAGUUGUCGGCUAGAAAAGUGAGAGAUGUUUUGUUGUCUUAACCGAUUACUAAGCUUGUGGUCGAUAUUCCUUAUAUUUCUCAGUCUCUCCCUCACAGUUACACUUCAUUUUUUUUUUUUUUUUUUUUGUAUUCUAUUUUCAGGGACAUUUUUUGCACAGCUCUCCAGGUUAAGAAGGGUCAGCCAUCUAAUGAAAAGCCAUGCUUAAUUACAGAUUUUGUGUUCUACAGCUUUCUCAAUUAUAAAAUAUAUAUAAAUUCAUAUAUAUAUAUAAAUAUUAUGAUCAUACUUGAGUGUAUAUGAUAUUGUAUAAUACACAGACCCAUCCAUCCUCACAGACAUAUAUUAGUCUUUAUAAAUACACAACUACAGAUAUAAAGAUAUUUGUUUGUAUUUAACAUUUUUCAUUAUAUAUGCUUUAAACUCUGAAAAAAAUGUUGAAUUUAUUUUAUUAACAUUCCUUGUAAAGUUUACUGUAGCUGAAAGCCUAAUAAGCAUAUCCAUUUUUUUUUUAUUUCUUCAUGUAUUGUACUGGGCAUUAGUACAUUCUUAAAUGGUUUUAUUUCUGUAACCUCUUUCUCCAGCAGAACAUCACAUUUGUUUAUUUGUGAGACAUUUAGGUUUAUUUAAUGGUACCAUUCUCUUUUUUUCUUUCUGCUCUUCACAUACACUCUUAGUAGUCUGACAUUUUUCUACAGCAUCCUGUAUUGUGAAUUUCAGGUCUUUCUGUGUUGUUUGGUUUGUCCAAGUCCCUUCCUGUUUCAUUAUUCCACCACUCCCAACCCCAGCAACACCACCACCAAUUGCUAGGGUUAUUUAUCCUUUAAGAAGAUAAAUUGACCUGUAGGUCUGUGAGCAGCAGGGGGCGCCAAACCAUUGCACAGAAGGGAAAUUGGCCAAAUCAGAGACCAGUGCAGUGCUUUCAUUCCUAUAGGCUGACGAGCAUUCCUGCAUAAUUAGUAGAUAUUAUAUAGUACAUUGUUUUAAAGAUAUAUAUAUAUAUAUUUCUAGAGCUAACUUUUUUUGUAUUCACCUUUUCACCACUUUUAACUUUUUGAGCACAUUUUUUUUGGUAGUUUGCCCAUGAGCGUAACACUAACAAUCAAGCGUAUUAUGAAAUUUUUUGGUAAAAGCUGUGAUAAUCAGACACUUUUUUUUUAUUUUAAAUUCUUGUUGUUCUUCUGCUACUAUCAUGUCUUUUUUAUGUUGUUAUCUGUUUCAUUCCUAGAGCAGAGCGGGCAGCUAAUGUCUUUUAACUGAGGCAUAGAAGCUGCAGAGCUAAGCAUUUAAAAAGAGGCUUGAGAAGCUACCGUCCUGAUGGCUCCAUCCCUGGCCUGCCAUAAACCCUAAUUCUUGGGGGGGGUUUCUGCACUCUCAAAGGUAUUUCUCAGGAUUUUUAUUAGUCGAGAGUGAGAUGCGGACGGGGGUGAAUAGGCUUACACUUUAGUAAUUCUGUAUCUGCAAGCUCAUGACUAUUUUCUUUGCUAAAGUACACAAGGUUUGCCCACCCUCUUUGACCCACCAUGAUUCCUAUAGAUGAUGAAUUUGAUAAGAAACGUAGCUUCUGUUCUCGCUUGUUAAUCCAAAGUGGCUUGAAUCAAAUUGGUUGACGGGGAGUUCCAUGUCAGAAUCAUUUCCAUGCUGUUUUGUCAACAACUGUACUUAAAAACUUGGAAAGUGAUAUAUGAUAUUGUUUGACUGUAGAGGACAAGUUUUUUUGCUAACAAAAAAAAAAUGAAUGAAUGGAGCUGGGUUUUUAUAUAUUAAAUGAACAUUGUUUUCCUAG